UCGGCGUGGUCGUUUGGCGCCAGCAUUUCGCGGGGAGCAAUAAUAGAGACGCAGAAGAAGCAGCAUUAAACAAUAAGUAAACAGCAGAUUCUCAGCAUAUUAUUACCAGGCAAAGUUUGGCGCUAGCAUUGUGUGCUGCUUGCGUGGAUGUUAACUAUUUCAGCUCUCUGUGUUCCGCCCAAAAAAUAACGAGGCUGCGCGUGGGGAGAAUGAUGGCCACGGCAGCGCCAGAAAGCGGCUCCAGCCUCUUGCCCUUACUGGAGUCCCUAGAGGACAGCACCGCGGGACAGCCAGAGCAAACCGAUGUCUACCUCACCAUAGCCAGCCGUCUCAGCGGAGAGGAAGGAAGGCAGUUUCUCCCUGCAGUCGAGAAGCACUUUUCCCGCCUGGGCAAGGCCAUCUUGACCCACAUCACUGGGCCUAACCCUGAGCUCAGCCAGGCAGCCUUGCAAGCCCUGGGCUUCUGUGUGUACCACGCACAUGUUGUCUCGGGGGUUUCUGAAAACUUUGCUUCAGAGAUAUUAUCAGCGCUUUGUUCCCUGGUUGUGUCCUCGACGGAUAAAAACUCGUGCACCCGGGCAUUAUGGGUAAUCUCCAAGCAGAGCUUUCCCUCCGAGGUCGUGGCCAAGAAAGUGGACCCCCUCCUGGAGAUGCUCGAGCGUGUGAUGAGCCGACGGGACAUCCAGUCGCUGGUGAUGGAGCACGAAGCCUUGAAUGUGGUGAUCAGGUUGCUGGAGCAGGCCCCGGUCCAGAUGGGCGUGGCGGCGGUGCGUUGGUCCAAGCUGGUCAUCCCCAUGGUGGUCCACUCGGCCUCCAAGGUGCGUCUCCGGGCGGCGGCGGCCAUGGAGCUGGGCCUGCCGCUGCUGCUGGAGCGGCAGAACGAGGUGGCCGCCGUCAUCGAGCCUCUGAUGCCCACGAUACUCGUACCGGAGCUACAGAAACUAUUUGCGUCGAAGAACGAAGUGAACGUGCUCAAACUCUGGCCUCUAUUCGUCAAACUCCUGGGAAAGCACCUCCAUCGAGGAGGCCCCUUCAUCAACUCCCUGCUGCACCUGGAGGAGCUGGGCUUCCGCAGCUCCUCGCCCAACGUCAAGAAGAUCGCCUUCAUCGCCUGGAAGAGCCUCAUCGACAACUUCGCCCUCAACCCCGAGAUCCUGUGCAGUGCCAAGCGCAUGAAGCUCCUCCUGCAGCCGCUGCUCUCCAUCCACGUGCGCACGGAGGCCCUGCAGCUCAGCCGGCUGGAGGUGUGGUGGUACCUGGUGGUGCGACUGGGCCCCAACCUGGGCCCCCACUUUGAGCAGGUGUCCAUUCCCUUACUCCAGUGCACCAUACGGGCAGACUCCUCCACCUCCACCCUCCAGGCUGGGACCCCAGUGAGAGGCGCGGGGCAGAACAGCACCCUGGGCUCCUCCACUCCAAAGACCGGCAAUCCCACGUGCUUCAACAGCCCGGCCAACACUCCCCGCUUGAACCUCAGCCUGAGCCAGCAGGCCGGCCAAAGCUUCCCCCCCAUCCAGCUGCUGGGCCUGGAGAUGCUGCUGCACUAUUUCCUGGGGCCGGAGGUUGUUCCCGCUGCAGCGAGGGUCAACCUGCAGCUGACACUGGAGCCGCUGACGCACUCCUUCCUGUCGGGGGGCUCGACCUUCUCCAAGCACGCCGCCCUGCUUAUCUCCAGCGUGACGCACGGAUUCAUUAGCGUCGGAGCAGACGCCCCAGAUCCCCUCCUGGUCCUCAUCUGGAGGAGCCUGGUCAGUUUGGUCAGCUCCACAGUAGACUCGGGGAGCAGCAGUAAGAAGGAGCGGCAGGGCUCGGAGGUGCUGACGCUGAUGCUGCAGGCGCUGCAGACCAUCGCCGCCUCCGAGGCACUCCCCCCCAGCAGAGUCCUGGUCCUCUUGGAGAUCACGGUGAAAGCCAUACACCCCAGGGUGCUGGGCUCCGCGGCCUACCAAGUGGGGAAGAUGGACGUGCUCAAUGGUACCCCAGCACUCUUCCUCAUCCUCCUCCUCUACAACAGCGACAAGCUGUCGACCUACGCAGAAGACGAGAGGUUCUUCCAGUGUCUGAACACGCUGGUGGGCUGUGGGCUGGCGGGGCCCACGUCGUCCCUGGCGUUCGUCGAGGCGGUGCUGGGGGCCGCGGCCCGCAGGGCCUCCUUCGUGCCCAGCAAGGAGCAUCUGUGGCGGAUGUGGAGCGCCGUGGUGACGCCCCUCACGGACGCCAUCACCCAGUCCAACGAGGUGAACCAAGGCGACGCUCUGGAGCACGACUUCAGCGCGGUCCACUCCUCCCUCAUGUUCCCCGUCAGACACCUCCUGCUGGUCGACCCUCUCCCCCAGAUGACCCAGAAGUCCUUGCUGUCGACGUGGUCCAAGCUGUACCGGGUGUUCGCCCGCUGCUCGGCACUGGUGCUCACGGCGGAGGAGAACGUGUCCUGCGAGGAGCUGUGCGUCAGGAUGGCCGCCUUCCUCAACGUAGACACGCUGGCUCGCCCUGCCACCUUGGACGCCGUCUCCGGUAUGCUGCAGGUCAUGGUGGAGUGUGUGGACUUCUCUCCGUACACGCCCACGUUUCAGCAGAAGACCAAGUCCCCCUGCACACCCGUCAACUGGACCCGCAAGAGGAGCCAGGCCCUGGGGAACCUCGCCGCCUUCCAGGCCCUCCUGAUCCAGGCCCUGGAGGCCUUUCUGGUCGCCGCGGGCCCCUCGGAUUCCACCGGGCUGGCGCUGGCCUCCGUCCUGUCCACGCUCUUCAACAGCCUGGCUCAGGCCACGCCCCUCCGGGUGGCGCUGGGCUCCCUGGCUCCGCACCUCGCCGUCCUCUACAGACGGGCCGCUGCCACCACCACCACCAGCGAGACCCCCGCCUUCUCCUCCCAGCUGGUGACGAAGCUGGAGAAGCUCCUGGUGGAGCUGCUGGGCCACCUUCAGAGCCGCUCCACGCUGGACUACGACGACCAGCUUCUGCUCUACCUCGCCCCCCUGCUCUGCGUCGCCUUUCCGCACAAGAACAAGGCCCUGCGCACGCAGGCUACGCACUUCUGGAACGCCACCUUCGCCAAGGCGUCCAGCCUCGCCUACCCUGAGGAGCUGAAGCCGGUCCUGAGCCAGGUGAAGAGGAAGACCCCCAUCAUCCUGCCGGGCUUUGAGGCCGUCGCGGUGUCUGACGAGCACAGCGGACCGUAUUCGAGCGACUGUUCGCAGUUGGACACCAAGCUGAGCGGCGUGCAGAUGCCGUCUGCGGGGAAGAGGGACUCCUUGCUGGGCAGGGCUGCGGAGCUGAAGGACCAGAGCGCCAAGUCCCUCGCCAAACCCGUCUCUACCAAGCUGGACUUCGGCUCUCCCAAGCCCCCCCCCAGGGGGGUGCUGGAGGAGGAAGCCUCCAUCGACUUUGUGUUCAUUCCCCCUGAGAACAAGGAGCGUGUGUUGACGGAGCACCAGAAGGAGGUCAAGAGGACCAAAAGGGGGGACCUCCCUGCCAUGUACAACAACCUGGACGCUUCCCUGGACACCACGGCCUUCACCCAGUACACCCAGAGCCAAGAGGAUUCCACAGAGAAGUUAAUUGCGGAACAACCCAAAAGUGCAGAGUCCCCUGUCAAGGUUGAUGAAAUGGAAGUCGAGGGAGAAUCUGACCUUCUAUACAAGGACACUGAGGACUACACCAGUCCGGGCGCCGCAAAAAACAAGGACCCUGCAGUGGUCGAGCAGGAGGGGGGGGUGAUCCCGGACUCGGCCGACGUGUCCAUGCAGGACGCCCAAGAAAACCCGGAGCCCAACGAGGGCGCCAGCGCUGACGUCUCCGGCGGCUCGGACUUGGUCUCUGGCACCCCUCCGAAGCCCAACAGCAGGAGGCAGUCCUUCAUCACCCUGGAGAAAUAUGUGGAAGGCCAGGCCGCCAGCCCCAUCCAGGUGACCAAGUUCACGGGGCGCCUCACACGCCCCGCCAAAGACAAAGCGAGCCCCGCCCAGGCGGAUAUCUCCUCACCGAGCAGGGAUGAGCCGAUGGCGUCCGAGAUCUCCUCACCGAGCAGGGAUGAGCCAAAGCUGUCGGAGAUCUACUCACCGAGCAGGGACGAUCCGACGCUGUCGGAGACAUCCUCACCGAGCGGGGUUGAGCCGUUGGUGUCGGAGACAUCUGCACCGAGCGGGGUUGAGCCGAUGGUGUCGGAGACAUCCUCACCGAGCGGGGAUGAGCCCAAGCUGUCGGAGACACUCCGGCCCACAGAGUCUAGCUCGCCACCGGACAGCACUGACUCGGACCAAACGAGCAGCGAGCUGGAGGAAAACCCUGCCAAGAGGCAUUCCAGUGGCGGAACAGAAGACGAGGACGAUGUUAUCCCUGACACACAGGCUACUUCCUGGGAUGAGAGCGCAACCGGAAGGACUAAGGAAGAAUCGGAUGGUGGUGCAGCUCCAGAGGAGCAGGAAUCGAAUGGAACCAAUCAAGAGACUGUAGAGUCUGAUGGAUCUCAGGAAGAUGCUAACAAUUCCCAAUCCAUCUCUGCAGAUGCAUCCAGGCGGUCUGGGCGCAUCAGGGUGCGGCCUCGGUUGCCAGGACAAUGCUCAGAGGAUGAGGAGGAGGAGGAGAAGCAGAAGAAGAAGAAGAAGAAGAAGGAUAAAAACUCCCUGGAUUACAAGGGCAGGACUGGUUCUGUCACCGCAAAUAAGGCGGAUGACCUGUCGCCACAAAGCAGGUCUGGCAGGCGGGGGAGACUGGCCACAUCCGAGGUAAACCAAAGCGAAGAAAGUCUGAGGAAGAGUCCUCGGAUUGACAAGAAAAAGUUUUCGCAAUCCGAUUUACCGGCCAGGGGUUCCCGUAAGACGGCGUUGUACAGCCAGUCAUCAUAUCUGCUCGGCUCGGAGGAGGAGAAGCCCCGGAGGAGAAGUGCCAGAGGAGGCGAACACAGCCAAACGGACUCUCAGCCAGAAACGAACACUGAUUCAGACAGCCAGUCCCAGGCAAGGCGGAGUCUACGGAAGAAGGCAGCUGCCACAGAGACUGAAAAGCCUGCGACGGCCAAGCAGCAGGCUAAAGGCUCGGCGGCGGAGAAACCACCCGUACACCCUAGGCUUAGUGCUCCCAAAAAACACGAGCCGCCACCACCAACGGGCUCUCCAGCGCCCCCACACUCUCAGAAUGAAAGCCAGUCCCAGAAAAUGCCAGACGCAAAGACUACGGUUAUCAGUAACUCUGAGGAGUUUGAGCCUGAGAGACAUGCUGGGAAGGUUGAGGCCAUGGCCUCCCUGAGCGCCCCCGUGACGCCUUCACCCGUGAAGCCUGCACCCCAGGCGCCUGCACCCGAGAAUCCUGCAUCUCAAGUGCCUGCAUCUCAAGUGCCUGCAUCUCAAGUGCCUGCAUCUCAAGUGCCUGCAUCUCAAGUGCCUGCAUCCGAGGCGGCUGCACCCGACGAGGCUGCAUCCGAGGCGGCUGCACCCGACGAGGCUGCACCCGACGAGGCUGCACCCGAGGCGGCUGCACCCGACGAGGCUGCACCCGAGGCGGCUGCACCCGACGAGGCUGCACCCGAGGCGGCUGCACCCGACGAGGCUGCACCCGAGGCGGCUGCACCCGACGAGGCUGCACCCGAGGCGGCUGCACCCGACGAGGCUGCACCCGAGGCGGCUGCACCCGACGAGGCUGCACCCGACGAGGCUGCACCCGACGAGGCUGCACCCGACGAGGCUGCACCCGACGAGGCUGCACCCGACGAGGCUGCACCCGACGAGGCUUCAGCUGAGGCGCCUGCUGCACCCGAGACUUCUACAUACAAGGUAGUUACACCUGAAACUAUUGUAUCCGAGGAGGCUACACCCGAGACUUCUGCACCCGAGACUUCUGCACCCGAGACUGCUGCACCCGAGACUGCUGCACCCGAGACUGCUGCACCCGAGACUGCUGCACCCGAGACUGCUGCACCCGAGACUGCUGCACCCGAGACUGCUGCACCCGAGACUACUGCACCCAAGGACGGCACACCUGAGGCUACAUCUGAGGCACCCGCUGCACCCGAGGAGGCUACAACCGUGGCGCCUGCUGCAUCCCAGGCGCCUGCUGCGCCCGAGACUGCUGCACUGCCCUCCCAGACUGACCGCCAGCCCAAACCACGUCGCAGUGAACUUAGCUUGUUAAUAGAGGGCUUGAGUGGGUCAUCGACUGAUGAGGACAAGAGAAGGGCCGGUGCAGCCAACUCAAUCAGCCAGGAAGACUCUCAAGCGCUCACUCUGUCUUCCUCCGGCAGCCAGCUGCAGAACAGACUCAGGCGAAGGGGCAAGGCCUCCGCACAGUCACUUGAGGCUGCUGAGAAAAGCCAAAAUUUAACCGAAAGCGAACUGGAUGCCGAGGCUCAGGCGUCCCCUUCUGCUGUCAGAACCAGGACCAGAAGCAGCUUUCCGCAUGGGGAGCAGGUUUCCCAAACCAUCUUCUCCUCCCUGGAUAAGGCUGCCUUGGCAGCCCGUAAACCAAACUCAGGCCGGGGCAAAUAUCCAAGACGGAGGUCAUCCCAAGCCCUCCUGGCCAACAAUGAGAACUCGGAGUCAGAAUCCUCCGAGACUAGAGAGUCUCCUCCCUCGAAAAAGAAAAUCAGCUAUCAUAAGGCUCCUCUGGUGCCAAGCCCUUUAACUGUACAGAGCGCAGCCAUGGACGAUGCCUCUGAAACCUCUCAAAGUGAUCCCUCACAGGGCACACCCACAAUAAGCCCCUCGAAAACAAAAUCUCUGUUGCAAUCGCAGAAGGAGGCAUUAAUCUCACUUUCAAGGGUGCCAUUGGUUUUCACGGAACUCGAGCAGCAAUGUGAGGUGGGGGUUAUCCCGAUUGUAGCCCUGGAGCAAGUCCCAGAGAAAGCGGGAACCGAGAACACAAAUCCCAUUGCUCCCAACACAGACUUGAAGUGCAAGUUGUCACUAAUAGCUCCAUCUGAAGAAGACUGCGAGCAGAGGCUUUCUCAAGCAAAGCUGGACCCCUCGGACCAGGUUCCUCUGGACUGCGAGUCCACUGAUACAAUAACGGAACGUUCUCAGGAGGUUCUUCUACCCCCUGUUUCCGCUGCGCCCACCUCGGCCACAAACGCCAGCUCGAAUGAAGACGAGGAUGACGGUGACGACGAGGUGUUCACCGACGCUACAGAUCUGUCGUCUGCUCCUGCAGACCAUCGUUCCACGCCGGCGGCGUCCGGCGAGGCCACUGCGAACCAGAGCUCAUCGGCCUCUGGCUCCUCAGAGGAGAAGGUUCAACAUGUGGCUCAACCGGCGCAAGAGGAGGUCAUUGCGGAAGUACCACAGGCGAACUCUUCGGAACCAUCCGGAGUACCGGCAGACGGCAAAGGUUGCGAGGACGCCGCUUCCACCCCGGCUAAACAGGACGAGGGCGCACCUCAAAAGGCCCUAGAUAUACUUGUAGUUGAACAGGAGGUGGGCCAGAUCAGCUCACGGGAAGACCCAGCGGGGUUGGCUGAAGCCACGACGAGUGUCCAGGAUGAAGUCAGGGCAGCACAAGCUAUUCUAUGUCCUCAAGUAGCGGAGGAGGAACCAACCACAUCCUCCCUGUGGAACUCGACGCACGCCGCCAAAGAGGACAAUCACUCUUCUCCUGCAAAGCGCUUGACCCCCGAGGUUGGGUUGGGACUGGAGGUCGCUCAGAGCCCCAGUGGCAGGACCAGGGGGACCUGGUCGCCCUCGGCCUCCCCGUCCUCCAGUAUCCUCAAGAAGGCCCAGAAGAGGGCGCUGGAAGAGGACGCCGCCAUCUCGCCUCUGGUUAAGUCCAGGCGCGUGUCAUUCGCCAACCCCAUCCAGCACCAGGAACUGGCCGACGACAUCGACCGACGCAGUCCCGUCGUCAGGACCAGCUCGCCCAAACGGUUCAAAUCCAACAGCGCCAUCCCGCAGUCUAAGUACGUCACCACGCCAACCAAGGGACUGCUGGUCCUUAGUCCGAGGAACCUCCAUAGCUCCGGGUACAAGAGCUCCAAGAAAUGUCUGAUGUCUGAGAUGAGCCAGGAGCCUAGGGCCAUUCCCAAGGACUGUGUCUUCCCUUCACUGGUUUGCUGCUCUGCACCCAUAGAGGCUGUGCUUCCUCUGAUUUCCACCAACAUGUGGCCCCGUGGGUUUGGUCAGCUGGUGAGGGCUAAGAACAUCCGGACGGUGGGGGACCUGAGUUCACUCAAACCCCUCGACAUCAAGACUCUGCCCAUUCGCUCGCCGAAGAUCACCAACGUCAAGAAGGCUCUUCAGCUUUAUGAGGCACAGCGCAAGAUGCGAGGAUUUGGGGAUGAGUUGAAGAGCUUCGAGGAGAUGGAGAAGAUGAUGUCCUCCUCUGAACCGGAGGAGACCAACACUUCACUCAACCAGGAGGAGGAUGGCAAGACCCCUCACGAGACCCUCGCCACAGAGUUGGUGGACGAAGACCAGCCUGCGGACCAAGAGAGCGUCCUUGCGGAGACGUCGACCCACGACGUGGAGACGGCAACCAACAAGAUGGAGGCAAAGAAGGAGCCUGUGGAGGCCAUGGAGGAGCUGGAAGAGUCGAAGGUAGUGGAGGUGGAGGAGGCCCGUCGGAGCGUGCCGCAGUCCCCCAUCAGGCACCUCUCCCCCGGGGGGCUUCUCUGCCAGGCGGACACCCUGAGCUCCAGCGCCAGCAUUGAGGAGCUGGGUCUCUGCACGGCGGAGCAGCUGGUGAGGCUGCACGACGCCCUGGGCGGCGUGAUGCGCAGCGUGGUGCUGGAGCUCCAGAGCCGCCUGGGUCACAUGGACGGCACGCGCCGAUAGGCCGGCAGCGACAGUACACGGAAAGACAACCCCCCCCCCCCUCAUGACAUUACUGCUGGGUCUGCUCAGGCUGGGUCUGCUCAGGCUGGGUCUGCUCAGGCUGGGUCCUUCUCAAGCUGGGUCCUUCUCAAGCUGGGUCCUUCUCAAGCUGGGUCCUUCUCAAGCUGGGUCCUUCUCAAGCUGGGUCCUUCUCAAGCUGGGUCCUCUCAAGCUAGGUCAUACAAGGGGUUCUGAACCGGCUCGAAUGUUUUUUUUAUUGUUUUUAAGAGUUGACACAUGUAUGGCUGUUUUGUUAGUGUAAAUAUCAAGGAAAAGGGAUUAGUUAAGAGUGGUGUCCAACUAUGUUUGAAGUGAUGGCCAUGAAAAAGCACUUUGUUUUACCCCCGUUCCCCGCAACCGGUCUAGGAAUUUUUCCUUUACCAGACAAACUGACAUUUACCAUUCAACCUCUUCAACACUUGUGUUUUUCAAUUUAUUUCAUUCAUAGGUACUCGUUAUGGGUAACCGCUGCUUCUAUUUUAACACCUCAUCCAUGGCCACUCCUACUUCGCCAGCGCUUGUGUACAUUUCUUGCUAGAAUUUUGCAAUUUGCCCUUUCAAUUAUUUUAUCAUUUGCCUUGCCUAUUUUCCCUUUUUAGUGUCAAAAACGGAUAAUUCGAUUAUUCCAAUGUCUGGGAUUUUUAUCAAUAAAUCACUCAAAUGAG